AAAUCACAUCCAUCAGCCAGUCACUAUCAAAACAUUGCCACGAACAUACGUGUUUCCUAACUAUAAUAAACAAGUUUAUAUUCAACUGUUACUUUAAGUUUGUUAGACUUUAUUUCUUAUACAGUUUAAUAAAAUGCCGCAAGAUACGCAAGACUUAGUUCAAUUAAAUCCAGACAGUGUUAAAUAUAUAAGAAAAUUAUACGGUUUUGAGGAUGAAAAGAAAUUGGAAGAAGCCAUCGAUAUUUUGGACGCCUGGAUUAAGAAACAAAAUCAUUUCACCAAAAAGGAUUUUCCACGCAAGUAUCUGGAGAGCACGAUAUUGGCGAACAAAGGUUCAAUCGAGCGUUCUAAAUCAAAGCUGGACAAACUGUGCACGCUAAGAGCUAUUUUGGGAUUCUUUUUCAAAUUCUCCAAUAUCCGGACAGACUUCAGUAACUUCUUUAAAGCCACAACGUUGAUACCUUUACCAAAACUGACGGACAAACACUACAGAGUAAUACUAUUGAGGAACCAGAACAACGAAUAUUUCGACAAGACGCCUUUCACUGACUAUUACAAAUUUAUGCUUAUAUACUGCGAAUAUCUACUGAUGCACGACUACUCCGACGGGAUGAUGUUCCUCAUCGACUACACAGACACUAACGUGAUGAAGGUGAUGAACCAAUUGAAUAUUACAGAAUUCAAACAAUUCUCCACUCUAAUUACUGAAGGCUAUGGAACUAGAAUCAAAGGCGUCCAUAUCAUAACAACCUCUAAGACUAUAGAAAUGCUCCUUAACAUCGUGAAACCGGUAUUCAGUCAGAAGAUUGCAAACCGGUUCUCCGUGCACAGCUCCCUAGAUACACUACAAGAGAUCAUUCCUAAAAAUGUAUUGCCGGUAGAAUAUGGAGGAACGGAACGAUCCUACAAGGAGAUAAAAGAUUCCUGGAUCGAACUGCUUUCGUCAAAAGAGAGUAUGGAAUACCUGAAAGCAUCACGUGAAGCGACCGUCAACGAAGCCUACAGACUGAAAAGCGAUUACAACGAACAUUUAGGUCUAGCUGGGACUUUCAGGACAUUGAGUAUAGAUUGAGAAGAAAUUAUUUAUAAAGUAUGGCGUCAACUUGGGCCGAAUUGAAGCGCGAUGGAUCGAAUCGUAUUUAUUCAUUGGCGUAUGUUCUAUAGACACGAACGUCCAUCUAAACUAUUUGUUCACAAUCUGAACUAAAAUGGCAACCAAAACGUCACGGUUUUGACUUAUUGCACUUGAACAACAAAUAAUUUUACUUAUUUGAUCAUUUUUUUUUAUUCACAUCCAGGUUUACACUUAAAAGCGAAGUCUUAUAUUAUGAGCGCCACUCAGUACGUAACCACACGCUGUCAAUAUUGAAAUCAUACUAAAGUCAGGUGUACGGAUUGCAGUACAGUUGAGCCGAAUCAAAUACGUGUACGAAACGCCAGAUCUAGUACGUAGUACAUAAAUGUCGAUGUAUUCAUUUCGUUUACGUGACCCAAUGAACAUAGUUCCAUAGUAAGUAUAGUAAGUGCAAAAAUGCGAUUCGAUUCGACUCGGCGUACCAAGUCGACGCUAGUCAUUACGGUGCUGGAAAUAUCGGAUAACUUAUAUAAAAUAUGUUUGUUCUUUUUAUUUUAAUAAAGACUUUCGACUAUAUUAAGUAUUAACAACUUGUUUCUAUAGAGACUAUCUCGUUGGUAUUUAAAUGCCAUCACCAAAAGCAGUAACCACUACCAGCACCACCAACUUGUACCAAUUUGUAUCACAUUACAAUCUUCUCCCUGACCCUUUCUUAUAAUAGACUAGUUGACCCGACAGACGUUGUCCCGUCUUAACUAUAAAUUUGCAGCGCGCAUUUUGUCAAUCGCUGACAGUUAUUUCAAACAAUUGACAGUUAUAUAAAAAUAAUAUUUUCGUUAAGUUUUUUUAAAUUUUCUAAUUUGCCGCGCAAUUUUUUGAAUUGUUUCUUUCAUAAGAACCUUCUACUGAUAAUAAUAAACACAACAAAAAAAAAUAGUGAAAUCGGUCCAGCCGUUCAUGCGAGAUGGCGUGACCAAGGGAAAUAGGGAUUAAUUUUAAUAUACAUAUAUAUGUAGAUAGCUUUAGCCUACAGCUCCAUCCGCGUAAAAAAGAUGUGUGUCCUUUACACUUCAAGUAUGAAAUCGCCUAAAAUGAACCUACAUCAUCAGUAAUGACGCAUUAUUUUAAUCGUGUGGUAAAUAACCAGUUUAAUGAUCGCCUAAUCUGUAGCUGACCUCGUCAAUAUUAGGGCAAUCAAGGCCUUCUACCAUGUGUCUGCUUGCGUAAAUAAAUCAUCAGGAAUAUUCCACAGAGUUAUUUUAUUUUGUAAUAAAAGCCGUCUUGUUUGGAAUUUCUUUCGCAAUGCAUAAGGUCUAUCAAUUAUUUUUUUUUUUUUUCGAACUUAGAUUCUCAAAAUGUAUGAUAAGGGAAACGAUUAAAUUCCCCAAUUAUCUAAAUAUAUUUCAAAAAUUACAUAUUCUUAUAAAAAACCUACACAAUUUGUCAACUAAGAUUUGAGAUUUCGAACAUCCCGAAAUUCAAAAUUACUAAUGGAAAGAAAUUCAAACGGUGUCUAUGCGCAAGCGCUACAUUUACCAAACAACAUCUGAUUGUACUCGUUCAGACUUAUCGCACAAAAUUUAACAAUACAUUGACCUUUCUAUUAAUUAAAUGUUACAUUAAAUAUAAACAGAGCUGAUUAAAGGUAAUUUACAAUGUAA